UAUAAAUCUAAUUGACAUUGUCAUCACUGUCACUUGUCAGUCACCGGAAUUAAGAGGCGCAAUAUCACAAGAUGUUUUAUAAUCGUUAGUUCGUUAGAAAACACUUAUUUAAUACAAUAUGAUUAUCCAUAGAAUGAUAUCGGUUUCUAGGUUAAUAUCACAAUGCAAUCGUUCUUCGGUUAUAACUACUAAAGUUCAAUUAAUCAAUUUAAACAGACAUCUAACGAACGAACGACUAAAACAUACAACAGCGUUCAAGAGUGAAAAGGAUAAAAUACGCACUUAUAUUGUACAAAGAUAUAUCAACUAUGUCAAAAAUUAUAAAAAAUUAUUACAAGAUAGAUUUCCAACAGCUAUACACAUGUACAGGGUAUUUAGUAUAGGUAUCAAAGAUUUCUUAAGUGAUUUAAAAACCUAUAUUUCACUUAGGCUAAAGAUAACAAAAGACCAAGGAUUCUCCAAUAUGACACGCGAAGAAAUAGAGUUAUUUGUGAAAAUGCCUUCGGACAUGUGGCGGAUAGCCCCUGUGUUAAUACUUUCAGCUUUACCAUUUGGAAAUUACAUAAUAUUUCCACUAGCUUUAAUGAAACCAAAAAAGUUGCUUAGCUCUCAUUUCUGGUCUAUACAACAACGGGCAGAAUUCAAUGUAGAAGAUUUGAAAGAAAGACUUCGUUAUAAUCGCCCAAUUCUUCGAUGUCUUCAGGCUAAAUUAGAACUUAUACCUGAUAGUGAAGUGAAAGAAAAUUGGAGGAGAGUUUUAGCAUUACUCGGAUCUGGAGUUCAUCCAUCAGUCAAUGAAGUAUUGGCAUGUAAAGAAUUGUUCUGUAAAAAACCGUACCACUUAGCAUAUUUGUCUUAUACACAUAUGGGACAUUUACUUAAAAUGCUUGGCAUACGAAGAAGUUUGUUCAGAAGAAAAAAACUUAAAUACAGAGCUUUCUUGUUGUUACAAAUGGACAGAGCAAUUGAGAGAGAAGGCGGAGUUGAUGUACUAACUACGGAAGCACUAAAAAAUGCAUGUCAUAUACGAGGAUUGAACACUAGAAACUUAGCCAAUCAAGAUAUGAAGGAUUGGUUACAACAGUGGAUUUCUGUAUCUUCUAACAUAGAUGCUAAUGCUUACUCUUUACUUUUGCAUUGUCCUAUAUUCUUUGCAUACAACCACCCCCAAAAUUGGGUGUUAAUUUAUUAAAUGUUAUUUUGUUUUGAAAUGAUAAGUAUAAGAUAAUUUCAAUGUUUUGUCUUGUAAAAAAUAUUUAAAAAGCUUGUUAAUUGUUGUGAUUGAUAACUAAUUGUAAACUGUGA